AUGCCGGCCAAGAUGCCUUCCCACUACCCCACGGACGUCGAGAAUGGCAUCGACUCCAGGGAUACCAACACCGAGUCUGGCUAUGUGAGCAGUGGCUCAAGUGAGGACUAUACCCCGGAGAUUGUUUUCACCAAGCCUCAUCUCCAGUUCCUCAACCGUCAACUCCAAUUCCUCGAGCCCCAAGACAUCUUGAGAUGGUGCAUCACAUCUCUCCCUCACCUCUUCCAGACCACUGCCUUUGGCUUGACUGGUCUUGUCACCUUGGACAUGCUGUCUAAGCUUGAGGUGCCCCGGCCUCAGAUGGUCGACCUCAUCUUCCUCGACACUUUGCACCACUUCCCUGAGACCCUGGCCCUGGUGGACCGGGUCCGGAAGCGCUACCCGCACAACAAUGUGCACGUGUACAAGCCCCUCGGUGCUGACUCUGCCGCUGAAUUUGAAUCCAAGUAUGGCCCCCGUCUCUGGGAGAUGGACGACCAACUCUACGACUGGGUUGCCAAGGUCGAGCCCGCCCAGCGUGCCUACCGUGAAAUGAACGUCCACGCCGUGCUCACUGGCCGUCGCCGCAGCCAGGGUGGCAAGCGUGGUGACCUCGACGUCAUCGAGGUUGACGAAGCUGGCCUCAUCAAGAUCAACCCUAUGGCCAACUGGUCCUUCGACCAGGUCAAGCAGUACGUCAAGGAGCACAACGUCCCCUACAACGAGCUCCUCGACCGUGGCUACAAGAGCGUCGGUGACUGGCACUCGACCCAGCCUGUUGCUGACAACGAGGACGAGCGCUCCGGUCGCUGGAAGGGCCAGCAAAAGACCGAGUGCGGCAUCCACAAUCCCCGCUCCAAGUAUGCCCAGUAUCUGAUGGAGAUGGAACGCAAACGCCAAGAGGAGGCCCUGACACAGGCACUGCAGUCAUCUCUGACCACUGCCGCCCAGUGA